CAACGCUCAAAGCUUCUCACAAUUCGGAACCCCCAACACCCACGACGAUGCUGCGCUUUUGAUACAUACCACUUGGAACACUUCGAUUAGCUGGUUCACCAUGUCUUCGGCGAAUCCAGCGGCAAACCUCAAUCAGCUUCCGCCCGAAAUGCUCGACUUCACGCUUCUCAAGACCACCGGCGCGCUCGCCCCUCGCCUCGCUCGUCUAUCUCUUGCGGGGCGGAAGCCGAUAUUAACUCCUGCAUUCAUCGGAAAUACUUCGCGUGGAGUUAUACCGCAUGUGUCACAGGACAAUUUCCGGAAAUGCGUCGGUCUGAAUGGUGUCUACGUCGCGCUCGAAGAUUUCGUCGAGAAGCACCCCCAAAAGACGCCGCCCAUUUUCCUGUACGAUGUCCCAGACCCGCUCCGCAGAUUCAUCGCCUUCCCGCAAGACACGCUCCUCGUCCUGGGCGCCCGCCGUACACCUCCUAUACCGUGCCCCAAUGCGAACACGAAUACCGAGAUAAGCUUGUUGACAUCAGUGGGGUUCAAGGCUAUGAGCUCGGAUUACUACGCUGCUGCGGCGCGGAAGCUGCAACCGGAUAUCGUGGUGGGGCUCGCAGAUAUACCGUUCGGACAGGAAGCCGUGGGCACGAAGAGGAAGGACAAGAUGAGCGACAGGACAGAGACAUGGAUGCGCGAUAUAACCGCGAAGAGGAGCUCGAUUGGGAAAGAUGAGAAACGGUUUAGCAUCUUCGCGCCCAUUCUGCCCAUUGAACGGGAUCUGCAGUCGUGGUAUUUGGAGCACCUGAUGGAAAACAUGCUGGACAAGAUCAGUGGGCUCGCUAUCUAUGAUGCGUAUCUCUUGGAUGAACUGCCAGAGGAACUGCUCCGCUUUCCACGCCUGUCGUUGCACGUUCCCGCCAGCCCGCAGGAACUCCUCCGUCAGGUCAGCCUGGGCAUGGACAUCUUCACUAUCCCUUUCGUCUCCUCCGCUACGGACGCAGGUAUCGCCUUGGACUUCACUUUCCCGGCACCGGAAAAAUCAGACUCUUCUGAGAGCUCGCGACAAUCCCUCGGGAUCGAUAUGUGGCAGGCCUCGCACGCCGAAUCCGUGACUCCGCUAACCGAAGGCUGUACUUGCUACGCCUGCACCACGCACCACCGCGCCUACAUCCAGCACCUUCUCUCCGCCAAAGAAAUGCUCGGCUGGGUCCUUAUCCAAAUCCACAACCACGGCAUCCUCGACGCCUUCUUCGCCGGCGUGCGCACCUCCAUCGAAUCCGGCACCUUCGACGCCGACGUCGCCGCCUACGAAGCCUUCUACGAACCGACGCUGCCGGAGAAAACGGGUCAGGGUCCAAGGGUGAGGGGAUACCAGUUCCAGAGCCAGGAGCACGGGAAGGCGGGCAAGAAGAAUCCGAAGGGGUUUAAGAAGUUGAACGGCGAGGCGGAGAUGAAUGGGGAGGUGAGGUUGAAGGCGGCGCACGGGCAGCAGCCGAACAGGAAGCCGGCGAUGCGGGAUGUUAUUGACGAUGAGGCGUUGCUUGGGUUGGUGGGGAUGGAGAGGGUGGAGCCGGAGGUGCAGAUGGAGAGUCUGAAGGUGGAGGAUGAUAGCUCUUGAUGCCUCAGUACAGGGAAAGCUGAGCUCUCAGAGGCAGUCUAUACUUGACCAAAGCCAUAAGUAUG